GAAAGAAACAGUCAGAGCGUUGGGGUUGAAAGCGAUGGGAGCAUUCAGACAAGCCAAGAUGAUUUAUAGAGGGGGUGUAACUGAACAGAUGCUUCAUCACAACUACCAACUGAAAAUUGGAGACCUCAAUGGACGCCACACUAGAACCCUCGUGGCGCAUGAUGAAGAAGAGAUUGUUGGAUUUAUUCCGCGAAUACCACGAGGGGAAUGGAUUAAGGAACUCGCACGGAAGAAAGUUUCCGUUACGGACUUCAGCUCAGCAAAUCCAGAAAUCGAAGUUUUGGUCGGGAACGACUACGAGGGCAUGUUAAUGACCGGCCGCAUUGAAUCGCUAGAGUGUGGAGUAACGGCAAUACAGUACGUGUGGGGGUGGGCGUUAUCAGGAAGAAGACCAGAAGGGGUAAAUACCGCAGCAGUUUCAAUUUCUCUUCUCUCGUGUCAAGAGUCAAUCACUUCGCUAUGGAGCCUCGAGAGUUUGGGCAUUACAGAUCCAGCGGAAGUGAAGAGCAAAACGGAGAGAGAAGAGGACACAUUAAGGAAGUUUCAAGAAACUGUCAAGCAGAAUGAAGAGGGGCGGUAUUCCGUUCGACUUCCGUGGAUAGUGGAGAACCCCAAUAUUCCAGACAACCGAAUAAUAGCAGAGAAGAGGCUGGUGUCUGGAACCAAAAAGCUAUUAGAAAAGAAUAAGAUCAAUGACUACGGAGUGUUAUUCAAACAAUGGGUGGAGGAAGGAUUUGUAGAAGAGGUCAGCACUCAGGAUAACUGCAGUAAGGAGAGAGGCGUGCAUUAUCUUCCCCACCAUCCGGUAUUCAAGCCGCAAAGUUUGACCACUCCGGUGCGCCCAGUUUUCGACGCCUCGUGUAAAACUGGACGCAACCCGUCACUGAAUGACUGCCUGGAGAAGGGGCCCAACCUGCUGGAACUAAUCCCCUCUUUAAUUUUACGCUUCCGGGAGAAGAAAGUUGGAGUAAUAGCGGACAUCCGGAAGGCGUUCCAGAUGAUAGAGGUGGAUCCAGUGGACCGGGAUUAUUUAAGAUUUCUGUGGUGGGAGGACGAGACGAAGAGAACAGAAAUCAAGAUUUUUCGGCAUAAGAGAGUCGUCUUUGGAGUGAAUAGUAGUCCAUUUCUAUGGGGAGCGGUCAUAUCAUCGCAUCUCGACACCACCGUGCCCGAAGAGAAAGUGGUAGCGAAGCAAGUGGCGAAAUCAUUGUAUGUCGACAAUCUCGUCACGUCAGUGGACACGGUGGGAGAAUUAGAAGAUUUGAGAGAAAAGGCAACCCGACUUCUCGCCUCAGCAAAGAUGGAGCUCCGCCAGUGGGAGUGUAGUGAGUGCCAACCUGGACCUGGCAGCGACUACAUCUCUCACUCGGUCACGAGCGUCCUCGGGAUGAAGUGGGAUAAGGUGCAGGACUGCCUAUUUGUCAAUAUUCCGAAGAUUGAACUACCGGAAGUUAUCACGAGAAGGACACUUUUGUCGCACACCCAGAGCGUGUUCGACCCGAUGGGAUAUCUUAGCCCCGCCACCAUCAUCCCCAAAAUAUUAUUGCAAGAAUCGUGGAAAGUGAACAAAUCGUGGGAUGAUGGUUUGGAUGAGAAGAUGCAGAGAGAAUUUAGAGAGUGGUGGGGCCGCCAGAUUGGAUUAAUGGAGAAAGUGUGUAUCCCUCGGUACAUUGGAAUUGGAAUUCGGACUACCUACCAACUUCACGGGUUUUCCGACGCAAGUAAAUUUGCAUACGCAGCGGCAGUAUUCGUAAGAGUGGAUGACGGCGAAAGGAUCAAGUGUCAUCUACUUCAAGGAAAGUCAAGAGUAGCUCCAUUUCGACCUACCACCACAAUACCGAGAUUGGAAUUAAUGGGAUGCGUCAUAUUAGCAAGAUUGAUGUCGACCGUGGUGGAGGCGUUAUCAUUGCAGUCAAUUGAGAAGUUUUAUUGGAGCGAUUCGUCUACUGCGCUAGCGUGGAUAAAAAGAAAUAAUGAGUGGGGGACAUUUGUGGGAAAUCGCGUAAAAGAAAUCUGCAAAUUGUCGUCCCCAGAUUAGUGGUCACAUGUCCCAGGAGUGAUCAACCCAGCGGACCUUCCAUCAAGGGGUUGCUCCCCGCAGAAGUUAGUAGACAGUAAAUGGUGGGAGGGACCAGCAUGGUUGUCAAAACCGAAGGAAAAUUGGCCAACCGGACAAGAAGAUACAGACGACGAGGCGGUGGAUAAAGAGAAGAAGAAGAUUAGUGUCUCACUCGUGGCGAUGGGGGCAGCGGUCCCAUGGUACGCACAGAGAUACUCUCUCGCCUCCCGCAAUAUACGACUAAUUGCCUGGAUGCUUCGAUUUGUGGCAAGAUGUAGACGAGCUAAAACUGGAUCUGGAAAUCUCACACAAGAAGAGUUAUGGAAUGCGGAGAAAGUUGUGACGAGGAUGAUCCAGUCUGAAACAUUUGGUGAAGAAAGGUGGAAGAAUAAAGCUCACUUAAAAAUCAAGCGAUCCGCAGAUGGACUUCUAGUCGUCGAGACAAAGUUGGUUAAUAGUGAAGAUGAGAGAAAUUACAAAUUCCCAAUACUACUCCCUCAUUCACACGAGUUUGUGGCACAAUUAAUCCGAGAAGAGCAUUUACGCCACGCACAUGGGGGGAUUCAGUUUCUCAUGGGAAAAUUGAGGGAAAAGUUCUGGAUAAUUCAGUCACGUCGGGCCAUCCGGAAGAUUGUAAAUAGAUGUGUAAGAUGUCGGAGGUUUGCUGCAAAAAGUUGCGAAGUUGAGGCAGCACCACUUCCAAAAAAUCGGGUUUUGGACGCCGCAGUGUUCCAGAUCACUGGAGUGGACCUCGCCGGCCCCUUAUUUCUUGCUGACGGGAGCAAAGUUUGGAUUGUUCUCUUCACGUGCGCCGUGUACAGAGCCGUACACUUAGAGUUGGUCGCGGCGUGCUCUACAGAGGCAUUUAUUCUCGCAUUGUCGAGAUUUAUCAGCAGAAGAGGGAGGCCAACGACAAUCUAUUCGGAUAAUGGUACAAAUUUUGUGGGCACCGACAACAUUUUUAAGAAAUUGGACUGGAAAAAGAUUGAGUCAACAGCAAGCGUACAGAAGAUUCAAUGGAUUAUGAAUCCUCCUUCAAGUCCGUGGUGGGGAGGAUUCUGGGAACGAUUAGUAAGAAGUGUUAAGGAUUUACUGAAGAGAAUGUUGGGCAAAUCUAGAGUCAAUUUGGAGCAACUCUCAACCUGUAUUUGCGAAGUGGAGAGUGUAAUUAACGCCCGCCCCUUAACAUAUGUAACAGAGGAUAAUGAUGACCUCAUCCCUUUGACACCGUCAAUUUUCAUGCAGAGUCAGACGAGAGCAGAGUUUCCCGAAUUGAGAGAAGUGGACCAGGGGGCUCUAAUUACAGAAUAUAAAGCGAUGCAGAUCCUCAGAAGAGAAUUGAGAGAGAGAUUCCGCAAGGAAUAUUUGGGUCUACUGGUGCAAAGAGGAAAUGAGAGGAAGUCACGUUAUCAAUUGGAAGAAGGUGACAUCGUGUUAGUCGGAUGUGACAACCGGAAACGGCUGGACUGGCCGAUGGGACGCAUCGUAGAGUUAAUUUAUGGCCGAGAUGGGGUCCGCCGCGUCGCAAAGGUGAAGACGACUACGGGGAUUCUCACCCGACCCGUCCAGCGUCUAUUUCCACUGGAGAUUUCCUCAGCAAGAGACGUUGAGGACAACGAGAUCGUAGUCAAGAUUCCGAUUAAACAACAACAACAAGAUCCAAGAGUAACUAAACCGAUUACGACAGAUGAUACAUUUCAAACCAAGUCAGGGCGGACCGUAAAGAAGCCAAUUAGAUAUACACAAUGAAAUUUAUGUUUUUUAUUUGUCAAAAUUGAGUUUAAAUUCAAAUUUAGGUGUAUUCUUUUGUUCGUUUCCCUCACAAAAGAAGGUGGGAGGAUUUUACGUAAUGUAAGCUUUUCAUGCAUGAAAAUCUCUCUUUUUUUGUGUUUUAAGUCGCCCCACUAUUUUUCAUUCGCGGUGGUGGUGAGUUGGCAGAAAGAAAGGCAAUGAACAAUUAACCUUGGUUUUUUAGUGAAGGUUAACAGGAGGUAGAAAAAAGUCGUAGUUUAGAAUAGGAACAGAGCAGACUUACUGCUGAGACAGUGGUCCUAAUAGUGGACAAUUGGUGUAAUAAUUAGUGAGUUAAUUGUGACAAUAAAUUGGCGUUGCAUUAAAGAGAUCGUCAUUUGUUGUUCACAUUAUUUUGCACCGUUUCUCGGAGGAAAGCAGAAGUCUCAUCCUUUCAACCGGCGAAGAGACUACACCCACCCAAACCUGAAUAGGCUCGCUGCUGGUAGUGGGAGUGGCUAUUCAAAACCCGAGUCAGGGUUUAUGGAACCGUCAUGUCCGUCCGUCUGUCUGUCUGUGAACACGAUAGAGACAGAACGGCUGAACCGAUUGCCUUGAAAUUUUCACCAUAGGCAUAUUGGGCAAACUUAGGAAUCGAAUUGAUGGGCCAAAUCGGUCCACCGGUGGGGGUCGCAUACAAUGAACGCAUUCCGGACCAUCGCGAUCCCCUGGGUCGGCAAAAUUUUUCCCAACUGAAACCAAAUUUUCAAAAUAGUGCUAGAAAGCUGAAAUGAAGCCUGCACUGUAGGUUAUAUAUUCGGGACAUGUCAAACGUGUGUAAAAAAAAAGUGAAAAUAAAAUGUUAUAACGGCCAAAUUAUUAUUUAGAUGGUCGGCCCCCACCGGUUGUUUAAUAAAUUGUAGAAGACGGCAGACCGAAAUUGUGCACGAACCAGGGGUAGAUCAGAUUAAUAAGUAUAUUAUAAUAUACCUGAUUACCUAUUUUCACAAAUUCAAUUUUUUGAUUAGAAUAUUUGACUUAAGCUUGACUCCAAAAUAAAAUUAGUUAUUAGUCUUGACGUAGCUUCAGACUUCGAAGGCGUCACAUGGUUCUAUCUUGGGUGUCACGAAUAGCUCGAUUAACUUCCUAAAUGUAUGUGAGGUUUGUUAUCAUGCAAAAAUUUUGGUUCAAAUCCGUUUCCUUCCUACUUUUUCGAAGUAUUUAUUAUUUCACCCUCGUAUGUUUUAUGAAUGCAUGGAUGCUUAUGAAUGAUCUAUGAAAUAUAAAUUCAGGCAAAAUUUUGCUUAAAGUGGGUUCUUCUUAUUAUUAUUUUUAAUUGAAACAAACAAUUUCAUCACCAACCCCUCCCCUGCAAGAGAAAUGGGCCCUGGUCGUGCAUAAGUAAAUCAAUGAUAUGAGGGUCCAGACAAAUUCUAUCCGAGAAUUAUACAAAUAGUUCGAGUUAUAAAAAUUAUGAAAUUGAGUAACUGCGAAAUAUUUAUAUGAUUGUGUUAUGCCUGAAAAAUACAAUAUUUGUCGAAAGCUUCGUUGAAGGAAAAUAAAACUGGCAAGUUUAUUAAAUAGUCCUUCUUGGCUGCUUCAAAACAAUUUUAUAAAUAAUGAGAGGGUGGAAAGAAUCCAUAAAUAAUUAUAAUGUUUAUGGUUCACGCAAAUGGUCAAUUAUUACUAAAA